AUGUCUUUACUUAUCUAUCUAUCUAUCUAUCUAUCUCAUCUUUACAUAUCUAUCUAUCUAUCUAUCUAUCCCAGUUUCUUUACAUCUCUUAUCUAUCAUUUAAUAUCUAUAUAUCCCAUUUGUUUCAUAUCUAUCACAUCAUAUCUUCACAUCAGUUAUCUAUCUAUCUAUCUAUCUAUCUAUCUAUCUGUCUAUAUUUCUCUUUCUUUCUUUCUUUCUUUCUUUCUCUCUCUCUCUUUCUCAUUAUCUAUCCUCAUAACAUCUCAUUCAUUUUGGGCGAAUUUACAAGGCAGUGUCUCACCUGACUUUCUCUCUCACAUCUUAAGAGUUCAUUCUUUAUCUAUCUAUCUAUCUAUCUAUCUAUCUAUUAGUUUUCAUUAUUUCUCUGUAUGUCAAGGCAACCAUAUUUUCUUUGACUUUAUUUGUAUUAUGGCCAUCCGUACAUCCAAAGUCGUCUUUAAGUUUGUUUUGGCUCUUUUGGGCCACCGCAUUUUCAGUCUUUUUUUGGCCAUUAUAGGCAACCAUAUUUUUCUCAUUAUAUCACUUAUUUCAUCAUCAUUCUUUUGGAGUAGUCAAUACGCAGUUGAUGCGUUCUCGUCUGGUGGGUUGGUCUUUGGGGCCUUCCCGAAAAGAUUUUUCUUUUUCGACUGA